ACUCCACUCCGUCCACGUUUGGCAGCCUUACCUUAUAUUUUACAACCACAAUCCCUCUCUCUUCCCCCCUCUCUCUCAAAUCAUAACACGGAGAUCUCUCCUUUUUUAGGUAUUUAUAAUUUUGCAUAAUCUCUCCUUUGGUGAAAUUCCAUCUCUUGAUUGAUUAUUUUCAUGAUCACAAGGGAUAAUCUGAGAUAUGGGACAAAGAAACAUACUAUGCACCAAUCAGAUGAUUGAUUUAGAAAUGGAUCAACAAAGCCAGGGAUAUCUACAUCCUGAGCCCUGCAUUGUUUUAGGGGGUGUGACAAACUUCCGACCAUCUGAUAUUCCAACCAUGGUAGCAACUUCAGGGAACACUAACAAUCGUGAUGCCCAUCUAGUGGAUCAUUAUGAUGGUGCUAUGUUCUAUGGUAUGCCCCAAUACCAUGGUCUUCAUCCUCAUCGUCAAUAUCAUGGCCCAAAUCUUGAUUUAAGUGUUGCUACUGCACCCAACUUCUAUGUUCCUUACAUGACUCCAUCGACUGGUAUUCCUAUCAGUCAUGGGUCUUGUGAUCAGUUAUCAUCUUCCAACAAUUAUGGAGUGAUUGAAGUUUCUCCUGAUGAGUAUGGAACACACAGUCACUUCAUGGAUAAUGCUAGAGGUUCAUUCAAGAGAAAGAAUGCAGAAGGAAACCCAGGGAAUUUCCAGUAUCUGAAUGCAUCGGCAAGCUCUAGUUCUUCAGUUGCCCCAUUGAAUGCAAGGCAUCCUGAGGGGGUUGCUUUGAUGGAUGCUACAUCAUUCACCCCGCCACAUUACCAAGGGAGCAGUGCUUCAUCAAUCAGAGAUGUGGGAUCUCAAAGCAGUGUGAGGAAUAGAUUAGGUGCUGCUGGGUUAGAUCCUGCUCUGGUGCACAAUCCGAACCAUUUUAUUCAAGGAAACUAUUUGGGUCAACCCUAUCAGCCAAGUGGCUCUCUUUGGUUAGAUCAACAUUUAAGCAACAGUGCUCCUGAUGCAGGCACUUCAGGAUGGACUCAGACCCCUGCUAUUCCUUACAUGCAUGGGAACAAUCUCAAUGGAGGUCCUAUAGAAAUUGGAAAUAUGGGUCUACAGCGGUAUCAUGAGCCAGCUAGCAACAGAAGUAAUGCCAGUUUCUCUCACCCUUCUCAAGUGAACCUUCAGCACCACAAUUUUCAUCAUAUGUCUCCACCAAUUCAAGGAAUGAGAGGCCACAAUAUUAAUAUUCUUCCUCAAGCACCGGCAGCUUCAUUCAGAGUUCCUACAGCCAGUGCCUCACAAAGCACCAUGAAUCCAUCUCAAGAUGGUUUAGAUAUUGGACUUAGGCAUCUAGGAUCAGUUCAACCAACUGGCCUUAGAAUGUACAGGCCUCACCGUGAGGGAGUUGUACCUGAGACCACCCUAAGACAUCGCAAUCUCCCUCAGUUGAGAGUAUUGCCAACAGAUGGGGUAGCAAUAUUAGGGUUCCCUGACUAUUAUGAAGUAGAGAAUCAUGUUGACCACCACAGAGAUAUGCGCUUGGAUAUAGAGGACAUGUCUUAUGAGGAGCUUCUUGCACUAGGGGAGCGAAUUGGCAGUGUAAAUACCGGAUUAUCAGAGGGAACCAUCAGAAGCCAAUUAAAAACAAGAACUUAUUUAUCAUCUCCUUCAAUCAAUUUGGAAGAGGCAGCUUGUACGGAUCAAGAACCUGGUUCUUGUAUUAUUUGCCAGGAUGAUUAUAAGAGCAAGGAGAAGAUUGCAACUCUUGAUUGUGGACAUGAGUAUCAUGCAGAUUGCUUGAAGAAGUGGCUACGCUUGAAGAAUGUCUGCCCCAUCUGCAAAUCAGAAGCCUUAAACACGGAAAGAAUGGAUGUUUAAGGUGUUGAUCUUGCUUUAUAUAAAAAAUGAAAGGAAAAAUAAAGUAGAGGAAAGAGGUGACAGCUUCUUUCUCAUAAUUUGUUUAUUAUAACGAAGUUGAUGUUUUGGCAUGUGUAUUUUGUAUAUGCACUUGCAAAUAUAAGACUAACCAUCACACUAAGUCAUUUAUUUGUUGGCUUUGUAUGUAUUAAACCUGUACAUACAUUCAUUAUGCAUUUCGUGUGAUGUAUUAUAAACUUUCAGUUAAUGUGCCCUUCCGGUUCACUAAUGUA